AUGGUGGAUUAUUUUGUUCGUGUUUAUGCUGUUUUGCAAAUGGCUGCUGGCACUCGCAGGGUUCCCUUCAAUUGCGUAGUAACCUGGGUCCGGGGCCUCGGUGGUGCUCCUGAUGUCCCUCACCCACCCCUGAAGAUCCCAGGUGGGCGAGGGAAUAGUCAGAGGGAUCACAAUCUUUCAGCUAAUUUAUUUUAUUCUGAUAAUCGGCUGAAUGUAACAGAGGAACUAACAUCUAAUAACAGGACAAGAAUUCUGAAUGUCCAGUCCAGGCUUACAGAUGCCAAACACAUUAGUUGGAGAGCAGUGUUGAACAACAACAACCUCUAUAUUGAAAUUCCCAGUGGUGCUCUGCCUGAAGGGAGCAAAGACAGUUUUGCAGUUCUUUUAGAAUUUGCUGAAGAACAGCUUCAAGUUGAUCAUGUCUUCAUAUGUUUCCACAAGAAUAGAGAUGACAGAGCUGCAUUACUCCGAACUUUCAGCUUUUUGGGCUUUGAGAUUGUGAGACCAGGGCAUCCCCUUGUCCCCAAGAGACCAGAUGCUUGCUUCAUGGCCUACACGUUUGAGAGAGACUCUUCCGAAGAAGAAUAGAUUGCAAUGUUUGCCUCUUUAGAGCUUUCCUGUUGUUUAUGAAGAUGAAUAUGUAGAAAUUUUGUCAACAUCUUUUACAAUGCAUAGAAUUGUUUGUACAAAACGUUGUGACCAACUGCUUGGGUGGGGAGAUGUUGAAAAUUUCAGACUUCGUCAUCUUUUCUGGAUUUGUGCGCAUGUUGUGAUUGUGCAAAUAAAUGCUCACUCCAAAUUAGCAGUAUA